AUGCAAAAUCGUAAUGCGUACUGUCCUGGGUAUACGGAUCAGAAUCACAAGGACCACCUAAGAUAUUUAGAUAUGUUGCGGGAAGAAUUUAUAAAGCGAUAUGAAAAUCCACCCGAACAUGAUAAAACUCUCGAUGACUUUGAUAAUAUAAAAGCAAUAGGCAGUGGCGCGUAUGGAGAAGUUUUCUUAGUUCGCGACAAAGGAACUUUUACUUACCACGCCAUGAAAGUUGUCGAAAAGAAAGUUGUGGUUGAGAGAAGACACGUAAAACACUUGAUAUUAGAGAAGAAAAUAUUAGACAGUGUUCAUUUUCCUUUUGUUAUUUCGCUGGACAUCGCGUUUAAAGACAAUAUAUACCUUUAUUUUAUAUUGCCAUAUGUAGCUGGCGGUGAGCUGUUCACCUAUAUUCAAAAGUACGGGGGGUUUUCCGAAGUUCUAGCAAAAUUUUACGCCAGUCAGGUAACGUUAGCCCUAGAAUAUAUGCAUCAUUGUGGUAUAGUUCAUAGAGAUAUAAAACCAGAAAAUAUUCUUGUGGAUACUAAUGGAUAUCUUAAGUUAUGCGACUACGGGUUUUGCAAAGUUUUGAAAAAGAAAACAUGGACUUUAUGUGGAACACCUGAAUAUCUGGCCCCGGAAGUAAUUUUGUCAAAGGGAUAUUCAUUUGGUGUUGACUGGUGGGCGCUUGGUGUGUUGAUUUUUGAAAUGGGUUCCGGGCAUCCACCAUUCUUUGCGUCUGAACCCAGCAAGCUAUAUGAAAAGAUAUUAGAAGGUCAAUAUAAAAGUCCAGAUUGCUUAGCUCCUGAUUGCAAAAAUUUAAUCAAAGGAUUGCUGCAAGUCGACCCGACAAAGAGACUAGGCGCCCUCAAAAAUGGAGUAUUUGAUAUCAAAAACCAUCAGUGGUUUUAUGAUAUUUGUUGGCAGUCAAUACUUCAUCAAAGAUUGCCUGCACCUUUUGUCCCCAUUUGUCCAUCGCCAGGGGAUACAAGCAAUUUUCCUGAAAUGGAACAAACAAAACUGAAGAAAUCCUCAAAAUGUCUCUACGAAAAGGAAUUUGAGGAUUUCUAG